AUGGGGGAUUUUAUAAUGUUGUAUAGCGCGGCAACUCUUUAUGAGGAAUCUAGUGACACUCCAGCUGACGAGCCAAUUAAGCUCCACUGUGAAAACCAAAGUUCUCGGCAAGUCUGCAUCUUUUGUGAAAAGGGGACAAAUCCAUUAAUUAAGCUUCCAAGUGGAUCUUUGGCCCAUUCUUCUUGCAGAGAAAAUAGAGCUUGUAUAAUUUGUGGGCUAUCUGGGAUGACUUUGCAUUGCAGAUCUUAUGGGUGCUCAAGGGUUGUUCAUCCGUGAUGCAUGAGCUGAACACUUCAUCAUUCAUUUAACUUAGAAGACCCUAAAUGUGACAUUCAUUUAUAAGUACAUUUUUAUUGAAUUUUUUAUAAUAUUUGUCAUGCAGAAUAAAUAUUUUCUAAUAAAUUGGCAGUAUUUUGAAUUAUUUGUACUAAAAGGGAUACUAUUUUUUUAUUUUUUAAAAAACGACAUUCAUCUUCCAAAUGGCCGAAAAAAGAGAGAAUACCAACGAUUAUGGCAAACUAGACAAGCUUGUCACAAAGCAAGCCAAGAUCCUGAAUCAGUAAAAGUUAUUAAAGAAACAAUUGAUGAUUUUAAAUCUCAAAGUGUAUAUACAGGACAAAUUCUGUGAUACAUAAUUAACGUCCAAUAUUUCCCAAGUACUUAUACAAUAACAAAUCUACCUAACUUUUGUGUUAAAGAAAAAAAGGAAGAUCUUGGGUUUUCAAAUGGGGACGUUGAUUUUUUAAUUGAAAAGUAUAACAAAAAACUCGAAGAACAAGCUGCCUACAAUGAAAACAUAUUCAAUGAGAUUAUUAAGCCUGAAAUAAAUAAAAAUACGUUAGAAAUACCUGAAAUAAAUAUGAAAAAAAUCACACACAAUAAAGAAGAUGAUCUAAUUUUAGGCGAAAUUAAAAAAUUAAGCUGAAGAGGACACUACGAAGAAUAUUUAAAAUAUUUUGAAAGCAAAGGAAGAGGAGAAACUGAUUUUUCUUUAUCUGAGAAGCGACAAAGUGGGCUUCGAGGCCCUCCAAAAUGUGAAGAAGAUUGAGUGUGUGGGGUUUGUGGAGAUGGCGACUAUGAAGAUGAUGAUUUAAUUGUAAUUUGUUCCAAAUGUGAGAUGGGUGCUCAUAUGAAAUGUUAUGGAAUUCCUACAGUCCCUGAUCAUGAUUGAUACUGCCAAGCCUGCGAAAAAACUAAUAGCCUUGAUGAAAGGCAUAAUUUAAAAUGCGCCUUAUGCUCAGUAGUUGGUGGAGCCUUAAAAUUAACGAUCCACGAAACUUCAAAAGACUUAACCUUCCCCAAUUACGAAUACAAAGGAAACCCUGAAAAAGUAUGAGUCCACGUUUUCUGCGCUUUACAUAUAGAAUCUGCUACAAUUACCGAUAAAAUAAAUGUCACAGGAAUCGAUUUAACAAAAAUUGACAUGAAAAGAUUCAGCCUAAGAUGCCAAAAAUGUGGAAGCAAAGAAGGGGCCUGUUUACAAUGCCAGCAUGGUAGAUGCCAAGCUGCAUUUCACCCUGAAUGCGCUAAAGAUUUAUUUACAAAUACUCGGGAUAAGUCUGGAUAUGAUGAAGUUAGCUUAUAUUGUACAAUGCAUAAGCCCUUAAAGCUUAGGAGGGUCUUAGAAAACAGAGAAAAAAAAAGUGUCCUUGAUAUCAUCAGUUUUGCAAAAAUAUUAGAAAAAGUGUCAAAAAAGAAAAAAAAUACAAAAAAUACCCCGCCGAAGCCAAAAAAACAGAGAAAAGAGGAUAGGCCAUUUUCAAGCUUAGAAAAAUUCCAGUUAAUAAAAGCCAUGGAAGAUAAGCUUGAUUAUCUUUUGAAACACGAAAAUAAUAACUUUGCAUUUAUAGUCAAAUCAAAAAAUUCAUCAAAUGCUUUACGAAGCUUUGUUGAUAUAAAAAGACCACUUAUAUAUAAUACACUUGACCCUCAGGCUAUUUUAAAAUAUAAUAUCACAGUUUCAGGCCGAAAACCAUUAGAAUGCUACACAUUUUAUAAAGCCCUCAUCGCGCCCAUAAUUAAAAAAGAGCUUGCAAUUUUAAAUCUCCAGCCAACCGUCUACGUACCCAAAGGAAAAAUCAAAAAACAAAAGAAAAUCAUCUUAAGACUAGAAAGAGAAAAAGAAAAAGCCAAAAAAGAAUUAAAAUUCGUCCAGUCUAUAAUUGAAGCCCCUAUCCUCGAAGACCUAAUUACUGAGGAAACUUAUUGUAUUUGUAAGAAGCCUUUUGUGGAAAAAACAUAUAAAAGAGCUACUGAGACUGAGGAAGAAUUCGAAAAAAGACAAUGAUAUACAGGCAUGGUGGAAUGCGAGCAAUGCAAUGACUGGUUUCACUAUGAAUGUAUGAAAUUUAAAUAUAUGCAAGUUCCUGAGGUGUUUUAUUGUCCAAAUUGUAACCCAAAGCGGGUGCAUUUGAGCGAAGAUAGGCUUGAUUAA